UUUUUCCGUAAAAAAAAAAAAAAAACUAUUCUCUAUGAAAUUGUAUUGGUCGUAUAUUACACGAACUUAGAUUCCGCGUAUCUCCGUCGACCACCGACCGAUGUUUUCGUUGGUCGUGAAACAGACCGCCGCCACCGUGGUUACGCGUGUUCUUACGCGGCAGGAAGGAGCGAAAACACACGAAGCGGUUCGGUUAAAGAACGUAGGGGAGAGCCGGAUACCGGUCCCGAGAGCGGCCCGACCGUCCUUCUUCCCUAAAUCCAGAGUACUGGGAACACCGACGCUGGUACCGGGACAUCGACGUUCGCUGGUGUUAUCGGGAUGUUUGCAGUUCGUCGACGCGGAGGACGAGUCCAGUCCUAAAACGAAGUGCAUGCCACGAGCCGUGUCUACGCCGGCGAUAGAAGAUUCGGGACGCAAGACGUUCACGAAAUCACCUGUAUGGGACAUCGACAAAGAUGACAUGCAACAGUUGGUUCACUUUGCCGAGGAGAAGAGCAACUUUCUCAGCUUGCUCGACGACACCGGAGAGAACUGUCUCCUGGAUGCGUCUUUGGGCUCUUACAAUGAGAACGCAGUGAACGCGACGCCGCAUUAUUUGAUGCUGAACAAGCAGAACUCGUUCGAACACGACGAGAGUCUCGGUAUACUGACCCCUGACCAGAUGACCGACUUCACGGUUGCGCUAGAGUGCUCCAGGACACCAUCCUGCGAAAAUCUUACGGGAUCGGCGGGUUCGCGACUGGCGUUAACGCGGGCGUCGGCGUCGAGGCCUUCGGUAGACGUCGAGCCGACCGAGGAGGGGUCCAGCGAGAGAACACCGUCUCCCGAAGAGCUUCCGCUCGACCCUAAGCCCGUGGAACCCGUCAGGGGCACAGGUGUUCCCAUCAGUUUCGUUACGUCGGUGACCAGCAUCACCAGCCUGGAAGCUGGCUAUCAAGGCGACGGCGAGAACUCGAGGCCGGCGAGUCGGGGAGCGGAUCCACCGUCCGUUGCGCCGCCGCCGAAUCUUCCCGCUCCGUGCAGACAAGAUCCGAUGACGGACUCGGACUUCUUUACGGAAAGCGACGCCGACGCCUACGAGGAGAUCGUGCGCGGCGAUAGGAAGGCCCAGGUAAUCGAUGGAACGCUCUUUUGCGCUCCUGGCGGUCGAAGAUGUCCGAGCUUCACAGGAGAAGAGAUGGACUCGAGCGGAAUUUACUCGGACCUCGAUAAGAGACACGACGAGUUGCUCGCACCCGAGGAAACGGUGGAGAAAAACGAGGAUCACACGCCGGACACCAUCGACACAGAGGUCUCUCAGAGAAGUCAGCCAUCGCCCGUUCACGCGGAGGUUAUCAUGGAUUACUUACAGGUUGCCGUGAAUCCUUUGGAUGCGUCCGGCGAAUCCAAUGGAUCGAUGAAUACCAACGAGGUCACGGUGAUCGAGGUGGAGAGAAACAAUGACAAUAUGCGGUCGAAAGGCCAGAACAAGGCUGACGCCGUUCCGUUGAAGAAAUACAAAAUGCCUAAGAGGAACGUCGUCUCGAAGAUUAAGGCGAUGAUCGAGUCCGGACCGAAAGACGAGGCGGAGAAAGAGGCUCGGCGAUCGCAGAGGUCGUCGCGAAAGGGUGGCCGUUGGGACGCGGUCAUGAGUAAAAUCGAAGCUGGCAAGAACGAACAGAGAACGAGGCCGAUCAGGAAAGAAGUGAAGUCGAGAGUACUGCAAAGUCUUGGCCAACCAUCUGCCACGGGAUCGACGCAAAAAAAAGCUGGCGACGCUAAUAACAAUAACAACAAGGACAAGAGGAGGAUACGCGGUCGUCAAGAAAUGAAAUCACCGACUCAAGAAACUGCCAGAAGCUCCGUUCGUAGCUCCUUGAGUGAUCUCAGUACCGGACCUGGCAAGGACGCGUCAAAGAGAUCGCCGACAUCGGUAAACCCGCCAAGAAGACUGGUAGCGAAUGGUCGCAAUAGUCAACAGAACCGUGUCAAUAGUUUCGAGAGCAAGAAGAACUGUGUAGAAAUUUCGCCCAUCAAUCUCGAGAAGAGUCCGUCAGCGACGCGAAAGCCGACAAUAACGAGGAGAUUAACAACCACUGUCCCAACGAAGCAGCACAGUUCAACGACAUCGACGAAAGAUCGCGAAACCAAGGAGCACGGCAACAAUUAUGCGGUGACGAGGGCGUCGUUGGAGACGCGGGACCAGGCCGCACAAACCGACGCACCCUACGAGACCCUACGCGUGAAAAGGGCGGAGCAAGUUGUACAAGCUCUCUCCAUCACCGUGCAGUAUCUGGCCUACGAGUUGGACGCCUUUUCUACUCCAAAGUUAAAAAAAGAUUUCGAGAACAUGAAAACGGAAUGGAUGUCGACCUGCUCGGAGAUCGAGGAGCUGAGAUCUAGAAACCUCGGCAUUGAAGAGAGGCUCGAGUCGGAGAGGGAGAAUCAUCGAAGAGCCUUGGACCAGCUUCGCGAAGAUCUGGAAGCCCGUCACGCGGAGCAGAUCGCCACACUCGAAGCAGCGCUGCAGGAAGAGAGGCGCAGAUGCGAGCUGAGGUUACGCGAUUCGUUGAACGAGGCUGCGAAAGAACACCGAGCCGCGAUGGUAAAAUUGCGCGCGGAACAGGAGGCCGAAUUGACACGGAAAGAAGGAGAGUUCAAGAGAAGAUCGGUGGUGCACGACCAGGGGGCGGCGCUCACCGCGGAGGUCGAGUCUCUGCGAUCGGUGUUGGAGAUCAGAAGUCAGGAAAACGCGACUCUGAGAUCGGAACUGGACAAUAUCAGGCGAGAGAUCGAGGACAAAGAGGCGCUGCAGCAACGCGCGAUCGCUCUCGAGGCCAGAUGCGAGGACCUGAAAGCCCAGCUUCAGUGCAAGGAGGCUAUCGAGAGGCAGAUGUCUCACGACAACGAGGUGCUGCACGAGUCGAUCCAUCAGGUCUCCAAACAGAACAAACGAUUGGCGCAAAGGAACGAGGAGCUGCAAUGGAGGUUGCGUCAAAAAAACGAAGUAGUGACCGUUCUUGCGAACUUGACGCCUAGACUGUCGCGAUCGUUGGGUCCGGAGCACGUCGAGCACAGUCUUACAGCCGACAAGAACGGUCCGCAAUCGUCGUCCAUGGUGAAGUUUAUGGUGGAGAAAGGUGACUCGGUCUCGUGGACGUUGGAGAUCGACGACGAGUUCUCGAAAGGAGCGUCGGACGCGUCGCCGACCGCGACGCCCCCGAAAAUGGCCAGACCGGAGGCGACGACGUCGGUGUCGAGACAGGGAUCGCUUAGACUGACUUCUCGAAGACCUUCCGUGGACACCAGGGCGAGGUCGAAGAGCAUCUCCGUGACGGAUUCCGCGCGAGUCGAGGAGUCCGCGUGGGCCCCUACGUGCAACUCCACGCCGGUCCCUCGACGAAGACCACGGAGCGAUCCGUCUUCUUCGUCCUCGUCCACCUCUUCGUCGUCCUCCUCCUCUUCCUCGGCGGCGGUGACAACGAAUUCCGCGGUGGCUGUCGCGGUUGCCGCCGCCGCGGCAGCUGCGGCAGCCGCCGACGAUUGCGGCGCCGGUCAGAGACCGCAGGAGGCCGGCGGCGAGGCUAUGAUCUCCGAGGAAGCGUCCGCCACGAGCAGCGAGGACGAGUCCUCCACUAGCAGCGAUAUUCCCCCGUUGCCGAUACAAUUCGCCUGGGGUAAACCGAUCAAGUAACGUUCUGGCGGUCAAUCGGCUUAUCGCGCGACAUUGCUUCGAUCCCUUCGAUCGCUUCAAACCGCUGCACGAUUCGAUCGGGACAAGUUCGUAUCCGUUUGAUCGCCACGGUGUUCGGUGUUCGAUGUUUCGGCUUUCGUCUCAGCCAUUUACACGGAUUUACACGGAAACAAACAGUUUUCCGUGGUUCUUUCGAACAUUCUACGGGCACUUUUUCUAUCAUCUCUCUGUACCUGUAACUUUGUACGUUCGAUCGCGAACAAGCGUGGUUAACGCGUAGUCGCCGCGAAACAGGACGAGCCUUUGCUUCGUUGACCGUACGUCGUGCCGAUAUCGUUUCAAAUAUACGAUUUAGUAUUUUCUAACCGCAGAGUAUAUUUUUUGCGAUCUCAGGUACUAAGGAAAUUUUUGGUUACUUUUUCCGAACGAAGCGUACCGAUUUCGCUGUAAACGUAACGAAAAUUACUUUGUCCUUUAAAAUAGAAGAAACGCGCGUAAAGGUACGAUUUAUUUCGUUUGGGAAUCCGUUGUAAGGCUCGACGAUAGACGUUCACGGGCUACCGACGAUUGCGAGCUCCUUCGUAUCUCUCAGAACCGAACCGAACCGUAUCGAAUCGAGUUUCGCACUGUUUGUUUGAUUCGCGACACUUUUACACAUGUCCGUUUUAUAAGAUAUAAUGCGUUUAUAUUACGUCUGUACAUAAACAACAACGAUGUUUAUAAAUUAAUUAGUCUUUAUCGCAACCAUUGUAAAUAGACAACGACCGUCAGUCGAAUCGAUGGAUCCCUUGUACUCGGGGUAAAGAAAAACGUCGAUGAGCCACUCUCACUGCGCUUACGAAGAACACUAAUUCAUCGUUGAUACGCAGCUUACCGAACAGUACGAUUAUCGUGGUUCGUCCCAUCGAAAUCGAUUUCUUUCCUUACCCCCCAUCCCCCAUCCCCACGAUCCCCCCCCCCCCACCCACCCACCCACCUCCCCUCUAUCGAACGUAACAUAUUUUAUAUUGAAACAAUGUUUUCUUUUUUCCCGGUAACGUUGACAUUUUUAUUUCGGCAUUAAUCUCGACGAUCUAUUACAUACAUGACGCAUUUUUGAGGCGGUAAGAGAUAGCUGAUAAUAUUCGCGAAGUUACGUACGUUUUAUUGCCAAACGCUGACGAAUCGAUGCAAUUUACCUGUACCCACCCGUUUUAUGUACAACGUCAGAUCUACAGAUGCUAUGGUAUUUCAGGUACCACUUGUUAACCGACUGCCGCAUCGAAGAACAGUCGGUUCGGAUAGUCAGUCGAUUAAAUGAAAAUGAAACUCCGUUCCACGGAUGAUUGGAAAAAGUAUGUUCGGUAGCAGUAGUAUAGGAAUAAUUGGAAGGUGUUGAAUGUAAGAAAAAAAAAAACAAGUAUUAUUCGCCGAGAAGUGUGUUUUCUCUCACAUGUGCUGGCAAAUUCAAUGUAUUAUAUACCUAUAAAAUAAAUAUUAUCUGAAUUAAGAUAAA